AGACAGAGGCAGGACUCGGCGUCGGUUGAGAACGCAGCGACGCCACACGCGUGCUCGCUCACGCAACCCAUCUCAAGAGACGCACGGCGCGCGGACGACACGCCGCCCGCCCGCCGACCACCCGCCGACCACCCGCCUGCCUCCGGCGGACCACGAACCACCGAAGACACGCGUCGCUGCGACCGCUCGAUUUUUCUGGUGUUUGUGCUCCCGACAGGAGGGAGAUCGCCGGUCGCUGUG